GGGGGGACCAUGGCCGACGUGUUCCCGGCCAACGACUCCACCGCGCCCCAGGACGUGGCCAACCGCUUCGCCCGCAAAGGGGCGCUCAGGCAGAAGAACGUGCAUGAGGUGAAGGACCAUAAAUUCAUCGCCCGCUUCUUCAAGCAGCCCACCUUCUGCAGCCACUGCACCGACUUCAUCUGGGGGUUUGGAAAACAAGGCUUCCAGUGCCAAGUUUGCUGUUUUGUGGUUCACAAGAGGUGCCAUGAAUUUGUCACGUUUUCCUGUCCGGGUGCGGAUAAGGGACCCGACACAGAUGACCCCCGAAGCAAGCACAAGUUCAAGAUCCACACCUACGGCAGCCCCACCUUCUGCGAUCACUGUGGGUCGCUGCUCUACGGCCUCAUCCACCAGGGAAUGAAAUGCGACACCUGUGACAUGAAUGUGCACAAACAAUGCGUCAUCAACGUGCCCAGCCUGUGCGGCAUGGACCACACUGAGAAGAGGGGUCGCAUCUACCUGAAGGCGGAAGUCACUGAGGAGAAGCUGCAUGUCACAGUACGCGAUGCAAAAAAUCUCAUCCCCAUGGAUCCAAAUGGGCUUUCAGAUCCAUAUGUGAAGCUGAAACUUAUUCCUGAUCCCAAGAAUGAGAGUAAGCAGAAAACCAAGACCAUCCGAUCCACUCUGAACCCCCAGUGGAAUGAGUCCUUCACCUUCAAAUUAAAACCAUCCGACAAAGACCGCCGACUGUCUGUAGAAAUCUGGGACUGGGAUCGGACUACGAGGAAUGAUUUCAUGGGCUCCCUGUCCUUCGGCGUUUCCGAGCUCAUGAAGAUGCCAGCCAGUGGAUGGUAUAAGCUGCUGAACCAAGAAGAAGGUGAGUACUACAAUGUACCCAUUCCAGAAGGGGAUGAAGAAGGAAACAUGGAACUCCGGCAGAAGUUCGAGAAAGCCAAGCUGGGUCCUGCGGGUAACAAGGCGGCGAGCUCAUCGGAGGAGCGGAGACAGUUGUCCAACAACCUCGACAGAGUGAAGCUCUCCGACUUCAAUUUCCUCAUGGUGCUGGGGAAGGGGAGUUUUGGCAAGGUCAUGCUGGCUGACAGGAAGGGCACAGAGGAGCUGUAUGCCAUCAAGAUCCUCAAAAAGGACGUAGUGAUCCAAGACGAUGAUGUGGAGUGCACCAUGGUAGAGAAGCGUGUGCUGGCCCUGCUGGACAAGCCCCCCUUCCUCACGCAGCUGCACUCCUGCUUCCAAACAGUGGAUCGGCUGUACUUCGUCAUGGAAUACGUCAACGGUGGGGAUCUCAUGUACCACAUCCAACAAGUCGGCAAAUUUAAGGAGCCACAGGCAGUAUUCUACGCAGCCGAGAUUUCCAUUGGGCUGUUCUUUCUGCACAAACGAGGCAUCAUUUAUAGGGACCUGAAGUUAGAUAAUGUCAUGCUGGAUGCUGAAGGACACAUCAAGAUUGCUGAUUUCGGGAUGUGCAAGGAGCAUAUGAUGAACGGGGUCACAACCAGAACCUUCUGUGGGACUCCGGAUUACAUCGCCCCUGAGAUCAUCGCUUAUCAGCCAUAUGGAAAAUCCGUGGACUGGUGGGCCUACGGUGUCCUGUUAUAUGAGAUGCUGGCAGGGCAGCCUCCGUUUGAUGGCGAGGAUGAAGAUGAGCUUUUCCAGUCGAUCAUGGAGCACAAUGUGUCCUACCCCAAGUCCUUAUCCAAGGAAGCUGUCUCCAUCUGCAAGGGAUUGAUGACCAAGCACCCUGGCAAGCGGCUGGGCUGUGGGCCUGAGGGUGAGAGGGAUGUGCGCGAACACGCCUUCUUCCGGAGGAUCGACUGGGAGAAGCUGGAGAGCAGGGAGAUCCAGCCGCCCUUCAAGCCUAAAGUGUGUGGCAAAGGCGCGGAAAACUUCGACAAGUUCUUCACCCGAGGGCAGCCUGUCCUCACCCCGCCCGACCAGCUGGUCAUCGCUAACAUAGACCAGUCCGAUUUCGAAGGCUUCUCCUACGUCAACCCCCAGUUCAUACACCCCAUUCUCCAGAGCGCAGUAUGAAACUCGGCGGGGAGACCGAACGCCUCCCUCUCUCCUUGAUCUCCCACCCUCCCACCCAGUCCCUGACCGUGGGAAGUGACCCUCAACCCUAAAAUUUGAAGGCCUCGGCCUUGUCCCUCCUUCCAGAUGGAGGAGGCCUGAAAAUUGUAGGGUUCCUUAGUCCAGAUGUGAGCAGCUGUUUCAAUGUCUCUCUCUCUCCUCCUUCCCUUUCCCCCUCCUCUACCAGCCCUAACCAAGAACGUUCUCUUAGUGGAGGAUAAUGUUAUAUCCAGUGUCCAGCUUAACGAUGUAAAGUCGCACCAGGAAAUUGGUAUCCUCUUCAGAGAGAGCGAACAGACUCUUGUCCCCUUUUUUGGUACGAUUUGAUAUUCUGCCCCUAACCCUACACCUGUCCACCGACACCAUCAUGACCCCCCCGGCGGCCAGAGAUGUGAAGUGAGCUUGCCCUGGACACAGGCUGGAAAUUGGCAGCCCACCACCACCACCCAAGACAACAAUGGAAUGAAAAAGCAGCAGAAGAACCCAGAGAGUGAGCAAGUUGAGAUUGGAGGGGGAGUCAGUAUGGCUUUGAAAUGCUUUGGGGGAGACAGUCCUUAGAGCCCCUGGAGGCUGGGACGCACCUAAUCCUUACAGGACUCAUUACAGGCUCAUUAAUGUUCCCCAAUGUCAUGACCCCAAUAAGGUCUAGCAGACACCUGUUUCUUCUAAAA